UUUAUUUGAUUGGUUUAGAGGAUGAUCACAUGGCCAAACGUACUUUACGGCUAGUCGUGUCUCGAGAGCGUUCCAGAAAAUAUCAGCAAGGAAAGAAUACUUCUUGAUCUUCUAUAGUUUUCUGGAAGCAAAAUGAUUGAGGUGGUUUGUAACGAUCGCCUGGGCAAGAAGGUUCGAGUCAAAUGCAACUCAGAAGAUACCAUUGGAGAUCUGAAGAAGCUCAUCGCUGCUCAGACUGGAACGCGACAUGACAAGAUUGUGUUAAAGAAGUGGUAUACCAUAUUCAAGGACCACGUGACUCUUGGUGACUAUGAGAUCCAUGAUGGGAUGAACCUGGAGUUGUACUACCAAUAGAGGAGCAGAAGGAGAAGAUGCUUACACACGCACGCACACACACGCACGCACGCACGCACGCACACACACACACACACACACACACACACACACAGAUUAAGUCUGCUACAGGGAACCAUGUGGGUCACAUUACACCAUCUCCUGAGCACGACACAUACUGAUUUUACUAAGUUCUACGUGGAACCUGGAAUUAUCGUGUGAAAGAUGUUCUUGAAUUACUAUUUUGUUUUUGGUAUUUUUUAAAUAAAUCUGGUAAUCCCCACAACAGUCAA